AAACGACAUUAGUAUAGUAGUUUCGCAACCGUGAAUUCCGCGAUCCAAAUAAACCCUUAUUGAGAUUCUCUUCGCUAGUAGCAGCGACACACACAAAGAGAAAAUCAAAAUCAGAGCUUUCUUCAAUUCAAUUCAAUGGAGAAAGGAAAGGCUGCGAUCGGAUCAUCCGGAAGAAGGUGGGCCGUUGAUUUCUCCGAUAAUUCCACUACUCGCGAUAUUCUCGAUCCUCCCGGCUUCUCACGCGCUUCCCUCGAUCAAGACGAUUCAACUCUUAGUCGCCAAAAGAAGGAUGCUGAAUCCAGUUGGAAAUCUCAGAAAGCCUGGGAAGUUGCACAAGCCCCUUUUAAGAAUUUGUUGAUGAUGGGGUUCAUGAUGUGGAUGGCUGGUAACACUGUUCACUUGUUUAGCAUUGGGAUUACUUUCUCGGCUCUUUGGCAACCCAUCAGUGCCUUACAAACUGUUGGAAAGAUGUUUGAACCUUAUAAAGACGCCAAAGUGGAUCUUCUUGGGCCUAAGUUGUUAUUCAUUGCCCUUAAUUUGGGAGGCAUGGCUCUAGGUGUUUGGAAGCUCAAUUCAUUGGGACUGCUUCCAACUCACACAUCAGAUUGGGUGUCGUCCCUAGCACCUGCUCAGGAGGUGGAAUACUCAGGUGGUGGUUUAAAUUUUGGUUGAUGCUCUAGUUCUUACUUUUUUGGUGGCUUCACUUGAGGAAAUUAAGGAUUCAACGCUGUUAGAAUGUUGUAACGGUCUCAAAGGACCUCAUGAGGCAUGACUUGUUUCUUAAUUAUGAUAAAUGUUACGAAUGCGUGCUGUCACCAAUAUUAGACCGGGUUUGUAGUGGACUAAAGUGCUUUGAAUAACAUUUCUAUUUGUAUUUAGUAUUAUAGUAUUUGCACAUUAUAUAUCUCUAUAUCUCUUCUGCAAAUCUGAUGUAAAGGAAAAUGGCAUACUAGAAUCUCCCUUGCAAUGAAGCAUCUAAACUUUUGAUUUCUUUUAAA